GAAUCGACAUCGCUAUGAUAGGGAUUUGCUUCUGAUUGCUGCGACUUUAAAGCUACAACUAUGGGAUAGAAAAAGAAAGCUUUUGACAUAAUUGGUGUAAGGUCCCAGUCCGAAGCAUGAAAAUAAACUUCAAAAUGCAUCUUGCAUUAUUACGCCAAGCGAGAGGCAGCACAAGCAUCGGAGUUAUUCGUGAGAAACUGGCAAAUUAAAAAAAAGGUCUCAGAUACAUGUGACUUUAGACUCAUAUAGACUGAGCAGCAUUGAACUUUGAACUCUGAUUCCCGUACGUGGUAACGGGAGCUACCACUGGCGAGCCUGGUUGCCCAGAAAGGAACCUUCCUACCAACUGAAGGAGGACUGAGUAACUGACCUGUUAGACCCUGAAUGACUGAUUGAAUCAUUCAUUCAUUAGCUAUGGCUGAAGAAUAUGACCCAGCUUUUCCUACUGAACUGGAUUCUCAGCAAGAGCACACCAUGGAUUCAUGGAAGGAGAUAAUGGAUGGGGACAGCAAUGAUAGCACUAACACGCUGACACCCACCUCAGAGCUAUCUGCAGAGCAGCUGCCAGAGUCGACCAUCGCACCACGUACAGGUGGAGCGUUGUCUGCAAUUGGUAAAGAUUUAAAGUCCCUGAUCGCGAGCGGCUCACCGUAUUCAUCGUCCGAAUCGAACGAUGACGAGGGAGAGAGAGACCAGGAACGUUGCAGCCCAGCCUCUUUCUUACCAGACAGAAAAACAGACGACGAUAGUUUGCCAAGCAUGACCAAUAAUUCGCAGCUGUCGUCGAGUGAAUCUGAGCCUGCAGAAGGCAGUGCCAAGGAUGCUGAAGAAGAUAGUGUUAAAGAUGCCGAGGAAUACAGUCUGAAAGAGGGUAGUUUCAAAGGUGGCAAAGAGGGAAUUUCAAAAAAGUUCGAGGAAAUUUCUGUAGAGGCAGGUACACAGAACGCCAGUCACACAAAGCCACUUGCCACAGCUAAGACGUGGAGUUUGUGGGAUAUGGACGUUGAUGCAGAUGCGGCACCCGAACACUCUCGUGAAAACGACGUUUCCCCCUGCCAUGACUUGCCGUCAACGAAACGAGUUGUGGCUGCCGGUUAUGGAAACACGAAAACAGUUUGCGAACGGGAAACAAUUUCGAAUGGGAGCAGCACUUUGGACCUCUCCGAUCUCACUCACAAAGAUGUCGAAGGUGAUGGUGUAAAGCCAGAGGUUUCAACAAGUGAAGUGACAACAACGUGUUAUAGGUCUGUGUGCCAGCAGUCGACUGUAAGACGGAGUCAAAAAGAAGCAAAGUCGCGACUAGAGAUAUAUGAUUAUGACAGCAGUGAUAGUAGAGAGCAGGAUUGGGGCAGUGCGGACUCUGACCCUGACGUUGACCCCGCACCUGCUUCUCACGGGGAGAGAAAUUCAUUACCAGGUGUGACGCGUAAGGUGUAUGGAAAACCCUUGGAGGAACAACAUGUGUAUGGCAAGCCUUCACAUGAGGGUACGGUGCAUGAAAAACCUUCAGAGAAAUGCAAGGUGAUUGGAAAACCAUCAGAGAAACACAACAUAUAUGAAAAAGCGUUAGAGCAAUCAACAGUGUAUGGAAAGCUUUCAAAGAAUAUAAAGGUGUAUGGCAAGCCUUUAAUAGAAAGCAGUGUGUAUGAAAAAUCUUCAGUAGAAGACAAGGAAUAUGCCAAGUCCUUAACAGAAGGCAGUGUGCGUGGAAAGCCUUCUGUUGAAGACAUGGUGUUUGAAAACAGUGUAUCUAACAAGGAUGAUGUGUAUAGCAAAUCAGAAGAGGGUGCUAAGGUGUAUGAAAAGGCUACAAAGCAACACAAGGUGUACGGGAAGCCUUCACAUCAACACAAGGUACAUGAAAAAUCUUUAGAAGAAAAUCAACUGCAUAGCAAACUUUCAGAGAAAGAUGAGAUGUUCGAUGAGCCUUCAGUGGACGGCAGGCUCUGUAACAGCGAGUUAGAGGAAGAUCGUGUGAACGGGAAGGAGUCGGCGGAAAGCCGAUUGCACGACAAGCACUUGGAAUCGAGCGUGACGACUACUGAGCUUGCGCGACCCGACUGGGAUGGUACAGAUGCUGCGCGGGGCGCCGCGGAGAGAGGAGGAGGCGAUCCGGAGAGGAAGUCCGACUCGGAGGAGAGCAGUCACAACGACUCGUCGUCCAGCAGCGUGAGCUUCAAGAAGCGAUUCGGAAAGUUCAAGUACCUUCACGAGGACCGCGAGUCCGGCUCUGGCUCCGAAGCGGAGGAAUACCUUCGUCGGGGCGGCGGCAGUGGCGACGGCAAGGAGGAGAGGUCAGAGGUCGACUUUGGCGAGAACUCGACGAACAGCCCCUCGUCGACGGAGGGAGACGCGGAGAAACACGGCGGCGAGAUGGGCGCCGGCGGCGAUACGCAUGGCGAGAGCGCGUCCUCCCCGCGGCCUUUCAACAGGAAGAUGAAAGAGGCGCGGCAGCUGUCUGCGGGCGAUGGGGACACGUCGACGUCGCGCAGACGCAGCAGCCGGAUUGUGAAGCUGGAGGAGAGGAAGGAGCAGGAGAAGAAAGAAUUGGAGGAGAAACUAGAGAUGGAGCGGAAGGAGAAAGAAGAACGAGAGAGGCGGGAAAAGGAAGAUAGGCAACGCAUAAAGGACGAGCGAGAGCAGAAGAGGUUGGAAGCGGCUGCCAAGCGAAUACUAGAAGAGCAAGAGGAACUGGAGCGAAAGACCAAGGAGAAGCCCGAAGAGAAAGUUGCGAAAGAUCCUAGAAAGAAGGAAGUCAAAAAGAAAGAAAAAGAGGUGCCGAAAAGUUCUCCGAAAACUCCGAAAAUAUCGAAAUCUGAGAGAGUUGACAAGUCCCCAGAGAUGCCACCACCCACACUACUCAUUGGCACCGCCUCUCCUCCUUUGCGGCCUCUGAAACAAGAGGCAAGCUCUAUAUCUACGCCUGGCGAAUCGCACGUACCAAACCCUCCUAUAAAAGUAAAAGAUCGGUGGCGCCGUUGCAGUGAACUCGACUUUGGCGACGAGAGUGGCGACAUAAAACCCAACAUUGUGACGUCGCCGGGACAAGUGGCGCCACCGCUGCCAGACGAGCAGUCUUCGCACGACGAGCAGAUGGUGGUGCAAGAUUUGACGACGAUGUCUCAGCCGGAGGAGACUUCUGAAAUCAAAGUAGCGUCGGCGAUGCAUGUGUUAGAGCCCUUACCCAGCACGCCCAAGUUUGAACCGAGGCAGGUCGGCCUGAAGGUCAUCAUGGAUGUCAAGGCAAAGGAGCAGGAAGAGAAUAUGCCAACGUUUGAGUUGCUCACCGAAAAUGUGUACUUGACUGAGAGGAAAAGUCAUUCGAAAGCAAGGAAGGAAGUGAGGCGAAUGGUGUGCGACUGUACGACAAGCAAGGAGGACCGUAAGGCUGAAAUUGCGGCUUGUGGCGAGAACUGCCUCAACAGGCUCUUGAUGAUUGAGUGCUCGUCUCGCUGCCCGUGUAGCUACCACUGCACUAACAGGCGAUUCCAGAGGCGUGAGAAUUCCAAGGUGGAGCCAUUCAAGACGGAGAAGAAAGGCUGGGGUUUGAAAGCGUUGGAGGAUCUUGCACAGGGCGCGUUCGUCAUGGAGUACAUUGGGGAGGUGCUGAAUCACAGGGAGUUCAAGGAGCGGGUGAAGCGCUACAUGAAGGAGGACGCGAAGCACUUCUACUUCAUGGCGCUGCGCGGCGAUGAGAUCAUCGACGCGACGCACCGCGGACAGCACUCGCGCUUCAUCAACCACAGCUGCGAUCCAAACUGCGAAACGCAAAAGUGGACUGUAAAUGGACAGUUAAGGGUUGGUUUCUUCACUACCAAACCGGUUCCAAGUGGCCAAGAGCUUACAUUCGACUACCAGUUCCAGAGAUACGGGAAAGAGGCGCAGCCGUGCUACUGCGGGUCUGACAACUGCCGCGGAUACAUCGGCGGCGAGAAGACGGAGCCGAACCUGCUCAACAAGACUCCGGGCAAGAACGACAGGAUCCUGACUCCCAAGCGCAGGCUGAAACGACGAGACUCCUUCGAAGACAGUUCGUUGGAACAAGAAAUAGAGAAGCUGAUUGAGACUGGGCUGAAGAAUAGGAAUCAUGUUCUCAACCUGUCCCGGCUGAUGGUGAGAGCUGAGUCAACCCCAGACAGACUGGCUCUACUCAAACUCCUACAGACGACGCCAGAAACCGCUUGCCAGCGUUCAUUCCUAGACUACCAUGGGCUUACUUUGCUCUGGAGCCUCAUGGUUGACAUUCCCGAGAAUGGUUUGGAGCUCAAGGAACAGAUUCUCGCCACGCUGGCCGUGCUGCCGAUCCCGCACAGGAACAUGUUGGACGACAGCAAGGUCACGCAGGUCAUCAAGCGCUGGCUGCAGGAGAGAACCUCCGCCACCGCCGCCGCCAAGCCCAAGUCCUCCUCCCGCGACGACGCUGCCUCGAACACGGACUCGUCGCUCGCCGCCGACGCGCCGUCCUCCGACGCCGCUCCGGCCAAUCGCCUCGCAGCGACGCCGGGUUCGUCUGCCGCCUCGAAACAAGCGGACAGCGGUAAGCGGGAGACCGACGACGAUCGGUGGACGGCGUGUAAGAAGCAACGUCAGCAGGAGCCUGUCGGCGCGGUGGGCGGCGGCGUUCGUGAUCUGCGCGAUCCGAGUGUGUUUAACUCGUUGCUGCUCGAAGUGCAGUGUGCUGCCACCUUGCAGACUAUUGUGCGCGUCGUGUGCGACGGUGCUGCCGGCGACAGCAGUAGCGAAACGGCUGCGGAAAGCGACCCGUUGAUCCAGUUAUACAAACAAUAUAGCUCAACCGCAGGAGAGUGUCCCAGCAAACCCAUUUCCAAUGCUAGUCAAGGCCCAUGCAAACGCGCCGCAGUUACGCCGUCGCUCGGGGAAGUUACGGAAAGCUCCGACACGGAUGUUAAUCGCACGGACGAUGAAUCUAGUCAGUUGGCGGAAGAAGCAGAAGUGUGUGAAGGGAAGCAGGCGGCGAGUAAAAAGAUUGUGGACAUGGCUUCUUCUCUUCUGGAGAGCUGGAGCAACUUGAAGGAGAUCUUCAAGAUACCCCGCAAGGAGACAAAGUCGGUUGCGGUGCCGGAGAAGGACAGAGACAGGAGGCGUUCCAGGGAUAGGGACCGUGACUCGGACCGCUCGCGCGAUAGGGACCGGGAGCGGGAGAGGGAGAGAGAGCGGGAGCGUGAUAGGGAGCGAGAACGCAGGGACAGAGAUAGAGACAGAUAUGACAGAAGAGAUCGCGAUCGAGACAGAGACAGGGAUCGAGAUCGAGACAGGGAUCGAGAUAGGGAGCGAGACAGGGACAGAGACCACGAUCGUUACGAUUGCGACAAGUACGAGCGUGACAGACGACGCAGCAGCAGGGCUUCUCCCGACAGGAGCAGAGACAGCAAAGAUAGGAAGAAGGAUGACAAGAAGGGGAAAUCAGACUCACAACGUUCCACCACGCCUAAAUCUGAUUCCAAAGGGCAGCAGAAGAAAAAGGUGCUCCUCGAAACACCCAAGAUGACCAAGGAGCAGCGGAGGCAAUGGUUUGAGAUGGAGGUGGCACAGGAGGAUGCCCGGAAACAGGAGGCGAUUCUCAAGCAGCAGGGACUUGCGACGGAGACGCCGGUGGCAGGCUAUUACCAGGGAGGCUUUCCCAUCGGACCGGACGGCGAACCUCUACACCAGCCGGGCUCCAUCCAGCAGUGGGUGACCGCGGAGGGCCAGGCCAUCCAGCAGUGGGUCACGCCCGAGGGCCUGACCAUACAGCAGUGGGUGACUGCGGACGGCCAGCAGGUGCAGCAGUGGGGCACGCCAGACGGCAACACAGUGCGGCAGUGGACGGCGCCCGACUCGAUCCCGCUGCAGCAGUACGUCGCCGCGGACGGUCAGCCGAUCGGUCACCCGUUCCGGCAGUACGUCAGCGCCGACGGUCAGGUGACGCUGCAGUACAUCGGGCCGGACGGUCAGCCGGUUGAGACUUACGUGGGGCCGGAGGGGCAGACGGUGCAGCAGGAGUUUCUGGGGCCGGACGGACAAGCUCUCCAGCAGUACGUGGGUCCAGACGGGCAGCCGAUUCAGCAUUACGUUGGACCAGACGGACAGGCAUACAUGCAUGUUGACCCAACGACAGGUCUCCCAGUGAACGUUACAGCACAGCCAACAGUGCCUUCUACACCAGGAGCCGUCAUCAACCAACCAGUCCCUAUGCAAAACCCAGUUCUUGCAGAAGGAAGUACUGGCGCAUCACUGGAGCUUCCAACUGCAGUUGCCAUCGAUCAGAGUGGCCAUCCGGCACCAACGUCCGGUGGAAACGUUGUAUAUCAACAAUCCCCUGCUGGCUACCAGGUGCAGAGUGCUGUGCCCACCCAGGUCGCUGGCUACAUAAACCAGCAGGGUCAGUUUGUGCAGGCAGUGCCAACGGCGUCCACCGUUGCCACCCCGACAGCUGCAGUAGCGACCGCAGGCAGUCAGCCCGUACAGCAAACGUUGUAUUACACGACACCGCAGGGCCAAGUUGUUUCAUUCCAGCAGCCUUCAACAGGCAGCAGUGUUAGUGCCGAACAACAACAGCUGUUGCAAAUCUCACAGAUUCAGCAGGCACUACAAGUACAACAGACGCUUGCCACACUAACUGGACAACAGGUGACACUAAGAUCAUCAACUGCACCAUCGGACAACGAUAUCGAUCCUCCUCCACCAUCUCCUCCUAAGCAGAAACAACCUCCUAAGUUACCGCCCAACUGGAGAACUGCUAAGGAUGCAGAUGGUCAAGUUUACUAUUACCACACUGUCACUAGGCAAACGCAGUGGGACCCACCUACUUGGGAAGGAUCAGAGGCGGAUUCGGGCGAUGAUACACCCACCGUGGACGAGCAGCAGUCUGUGAAACAGAAGAAGCAGCAGCAACAGCAGCAACAACAACAGCAGCAGCAGCAACAGGGCAAGGCUGCAGAAGCGACGACUGCUGCUGCCGACACUUCCAGCGAAACAGCGCGCAGGAUCAAGGAGCAGUUUAGAACCAAGAUGUCCAGCCACAUUGUGGUGUGCCUGAAUCCGUAUAGAAAGCCAGAUUGUAAGCUUGGCCGGAUUACCAACACAGAGGACUUCAAGCAUUUGGCAAGAAAGCUGACUCACGCUGUGAUGAACAAAGAGCUGAAGCACUGCUACAAUGUAGAAGACCUGGAGGUGAACGAGAGCGUCAAGCACAAGGCAAAGGACUUUGUGAAGAAGUACAUGAGCAAGUUCAGCGGCCUGUACAAGAAGUCGGCCAAUUCUCCCACCUAUCAAUUCGACUGAUCGCCAGCGGGACUGCGAUUUGCUCUCCGCGAGCAAUGCAGGUAUAGAUCUCCUGGUCUGUCACGAUUGUGUUUAACGAGCUUGGAAUCAACGGCAGGUGAACUGCGCUAACGAUCGACAAUGUUCUAGGAUGCUGUUUGCCGUGCACGUUAGCAGUGCCAGACUUUAUACGAUGGAUGGUUCAGGAUGAGCGAGUUUCCCUGUAAGAACACGUCCUGAUGCCAUCGAACAAUGUCCAGAUUAUUCAUUUAUUACCUGUUCACCCGAUAUAUCAUGCUGUCGCUAUAUAUCUUGUAAAAUUCAAUGUACAGAAGAGACGACUGACACGUGAUAUAGACGUUGUGAAACUAUAGGUGGAGUACAAAUUAAAUUCCAGGAAGGUCUGGAAUACAUACAUGAUAAUAGUGCAUUAACAUUGCAUAACAUUGUACAGUAGCCAUCUUGUCAGAGGUUAUAUCCGUUAUGCAUACGUAUAUCAUUUGUUAUUGGCCAUGAUAAAUACUGUACUGUAAUAUAGGGAAGCACAAAAUGUCCGUGUAGAUGAACUGUUAUUACUUCGCGAACGUAGCUUCCUGGUGAAAGUUCAUAGUAACUUCCGAAUAACUAUAUUAUCAUUAGACAUCUUGCGUUUUCGUCGAAACGACUGUAAACAAGAGAAUAUGAUCAAUGCAUGAAUUGUUGAUGUUACAAUUUAUUUGUAUAAAGCUUAUUAAAACAUUGAUGUGAUUGUCGCAUGUAUUUUCUCGAUGAAGCUUCCAACAAAUCAAGAGCACUCGUGGUCCCUAGAUAUUUCUCAGAGGUAAGGAGUACGAUGUAUAUAUUUUAUCAUUGCUGACAUACCCGUCUGUAUUUUAACUCGUCUAGUACUGUCUACUGCCACUCGUCUUUUUUAUGUUAAAUCCGAUGAGCCCGAGGUUAGACCUGUGUAUUCGAACACACGUGAACGGAGUGUAUCAUAGCAACAUUAGUUCAGGAGAUUCCACAGGCACGCGCGGAAAUACCAUAUUAAAAACCUUGUUCAAUAUCUUGAUAGGUCCUUGCAUAGCACGACUAAUCUAAUUCAUCCAAACAAGUGUUCUGUUGUUAUAUUACGAAUGUGUCGUCAUACUACUGUCCCGGGGAGGGGGGGGGCACUCCCUAUAUAUUGUAUGGUAGGUAUGUACCGCAGGAGGUACCCCCCUUUUCACCUCAAAAUUUCCGUUCUGGAGACCCCCCUUUUCACAUAUUUUCCGUUCCGGAGACCCCCUUCUCACAUUCCGUUCUGGAGACCCCCCUUUUCACAUAUUUUCCGUUCCGGAGACCCCCUUCUCACAUUCCGUUCUGGAGACCACCCUUUUCACAUAUUUUCUGUUCCAGAGACCCCCUUCUCACAUAUUUCUCGUCCCUGUGGAUAUGUUCUACUUUUUUCCGCACGUUCCGAAGCCCCCCAUUUUGAUGUGCUGAGUUAGUACUGGAGACCCCCAAUUCCAUCUCUCAAGUGGCACAUACCUACCCUGUUUUGUAGGGAGUGCCCCCCCCCCCCGGGACUACUGUAUUUUGCGGGUUACGGGGUGGCAGUUUUAUUUUCAGAAAAUAUGUGCAAAACUUGCAUCCUGUAAACCGCAACAUCAAGGAAAUGUUUUUGUCAACGGUAUGGUAUACUCUGCACCUCCCCAGAAUAGCUAGCUUACAGAGUAUACUAACCCAUGCAAAUGGUGAUGAUGGUUUAUGCUAUGUAUUGUAGGGAAUUUGAUUGAUAAAAACGUGGAAAAAACAGGGGUUCGGCCUUACUUAAGGUGAGCCUAUACCUGGUAGCACAGAGUGGGAAAUUUAUAUUAACUUCUAAAUUUGCAUCUAAUGCAUCAUAGCGUCUUGUAAGCCACAAAAUACGGUAUUUCUUGCAGUAGUUGCAUGCAAGUAUUGGCAUCUCGUUUAGAGCAAUUCCAGCCAUUGCACAUCGUACGAUCUGCAGGUUGUGUCAAUCUGUCUCCAAAUAUCUAGGAAGGUCACGCAUGUCCAUGGGCAGUUGAUACAUACAGUCACCGGUAUUCCAUGCUAACUUUUCAGUGUUUUAGAUAGAGUGUGCAUCACAGGCUACCUCAAUUUAGUGUGAGAUGCAAGCUGUUUUCAACGUUAUGUACUCUACCCCUCCCCCCUAUUAUUAGCUCUAUGGGUGCUGCACACUGCAACGGUGAGCUAUGUGUCUUCGUUACAUACUUGCUGUAUAUGUUUCCAGCAUAUCAUAGCACAUGUAUUCCAGCUGAACGCUCAUGUGGCUGCUCUCUUUUACAAUGGCCUGUAGAAUUACGGUGUUUGAUGUUCUAGCUUUUAGAUUAUGAAAUUAAUCCCAAUGCAACUUUUAAACAGCAAUCGUGCAGUGUGUGUAGCGAAUUACACAUGAUGUGUGUGUGUGUGUGUGUGGGAAAUGUACACUGGUAUGUUAUCAUGUCUUGCUUUCAGAAGUACUAUUAUAUGUCUUUUGUACAAGAUGCGUAAUUGUAUGUUGCAAAUUUGUGUCAUUAGAUAGUUAUUUUGCUUUUGUAAAUAAAUUUAUGCUCGACUGUUUUAUUGUGGGUGCACACACCCGCACACGGGGUUUUCUAUGUUUAUAAAUUUAGGCCAAGUCCAGUGUGUGUGAGGUUGUCAAAAUGUGUCCAAUGUAUAAAAAUAAAAUCCCUUUUGAUACAUUAUAUGUAUAUAAAUAUGUGUUAAAAUAAAUGUAUGGGAAAUGAAAUUAACUACAUUAAA